AUGUCUGCGACGCAGUUACUCAAUCCCAAGGCCGAAUCGAGGCGGAGAGCGGAGGCGCUGAAGGUGAACAUCAGCGCUGGUGAGGGUCUUCAAGAUGUCUUGAAAUCCAACCUGGGUCCCUCGGGAACAUUGAAGAUGCUGGUGGACGGUGCUGGCGGAAUUAAAUUGACCAAGGAUGGAAAUGUGCUGCUGCGAGAGAUGGUCAGUAACCCAAAUAUCCACCGCGAAACACCCCAAUAA